UUACUUGAAACCUUAGGGCUAUUCUGAAGUGGUUUCUUCAAGAAGAAGCAUUCUCUGAUGGAGCAAGUAUCAAAGUCAUUGAACGGAUAAAGGACAUGGGCCUGUGCUACAAAGGCACAGAGGAGUACCUUUUGAAUAGUGUUUGAGCACUCUCGUAAUGCUCAAUCUGUUCUGAAGCCACCAGAACAGCAGGGUGCAUGAAGCUGGGCCUCACAUUUGGGUAUGUUUAAUCAACAUGGUGGAUUCUCCAUGUUGUUUUUCUUGUGUAAAAAGUAAAGACCGAGCAGCAGGAGCGCAGAGAGGUGAGUGUGGAAAGAGGAGGCUCUCGAACAAUGUUCCCUUUAGACCAGACAAUAUUAACGGUGAAGUCCCUUGCCAGUCAGUCAAAAGUUUGCAGAGAAACCAAAUCCAAGUAGCUUAAUUGUUUAGAGCAAAGACCCAUCACUGAAUGGCCUAAUGCUGCAGGCCUUGAAGGCAUCUGUUAAUUUACAUGAGAAUUAACCCAUCCAGGUGUUGGAUAAAUGCAAAAAAUAGUUUAUCAAUUAUUUAGCAGGUCCUGUCACAUUGCACUUGGUCUUCUAAUGGCCUCUCUGUACUAGCUAUUGAAACCGGUCUUAUUGAUCAGGUUGUGAAGAAUUAUACCACAUUUGUUGGCUAACCACCUUUACAAAGGGCAGAGAGGCACUAAUAUUAGUGGUAUAAGUAGGGGUAUAUUGCAAUAUGAUACAGGCUAAAUCGGAGGCUACUAAUUGGCUAAGAUUUAGAAAAAUAUUACUUUUCCCUCCCCACCCCAAGCCCGCCAAGGAGGAGAGGCUGAGGAACACCAAAAGUUUCAUCUUCAGGUAGUUUUGGCUAGCUUCCGCAAGCUAUUCUUCAAGAUUUCGUAGUCUUAGUUCACUUAGCUGUCUGGCAAUGAGGCUGCAAGGGAGGGGGGUUUCUUGAUGAGCCCCCAAAUUGUCGUGGAAAAAGUCACCCAUGCAUUGAUUUUAGUUCACAGACUCGAGCCUGAGGCCAGUUUAUUGCAAUACAUACCAACGCGUUGGGGUAGCAGUCUGAAAACUACCACACCUAGCACAGCACGCAGGCUGCUUUUAUUCCUUCAAACCGCAAGCAUAGUACAAAUAAUACGUCAUUUGCGUGAAAUAAGAGUUGGGGUCUGUCCCUUUUUCCUGGCACCGUCCUCAUUAUUUACGAGGAUUGGGUGCCUAUUGGGUGAGGGGUUUCUUGGUGGUUUCUGCCAUGGGUGGUACUUGGCACCAGUUGGAGUGUUUUUCUCGUCAGGGUACAUAUUGUUUUUCCGGGGGUUUACAGUUAAGGGCGAAGGGGUUUAUCACAGGAUGCCCAAAGAAGAUAUAUGAUUGGCUAGUUUGGCAGUUAGCUGAAACUACAGGGGAAGUUGACCUUUACUAGAAGCAAUUUCUUCAUAUAGGCGGUUCUUAUGUUUCAUAAACAAGCGGCUAUCAUGUUUUUUAUAAACAAGCGAAUAUUGUGUUGCUAAGCCUUUCGCAUUGCUCCCUCCCACUCCCUCCUCUGGUCAUAGCCCAUGAUCGUAUUUGGCAGGGGCUUGUACAGCUUAGUUUUGUUCAGGCCCUGGCCUGUACUGUUCUAUGUAAAAGCCGUCUGUAUAGUCAGCUUCUGUCAGAGGGCCUGAAUUUGGGCCUUCGGUCUUACUUUGGCUGCCAUAAAGGCCACCCAGUUCUUUUUCCCCACACAGUAGAGUUACUCCAGCUGGAUGUCGGUGUAAUGCUAUGCUAAAUCAGAUACCUAAUGCUUGACUUUCAGAGGUUCUGAGCCCCUCCCCCCCAGAACAAUUGGAGUCAAUGGGAGGUGCAGGUGCUCAAGGGUUCAGAAAAUCGGGCACCAGGAGCCUGGAUUUAGGUGCACAAAGGGAUCACUAGCAUCUUACCCAAGCUCACACAGCUGGAUCCUGCUAGAGAUGACAAUAGAAUCCAUGUCUCCUGAGACCAAGUCCUCUGCUCUAACCUCUAGUCUACACUGCCUUUCAGACUUCAGCACACAGGGAAUGGCUGUUGCCUAUUUUGUGGAAAGGUGAUUAAUACAUUACACAGUGCAGCAUGUGAACUAGAAAACGUGCAACUGGUUUUAGUAACGCGGAUCCUGAUGAAAAAUUAGCUUUGCCUUAACUGUGUACUUCUGGAGAGUUUAUUUUCUGUUUAAACAUUAAUUCUAGACCAUAUGAAAGGCUGGCUCAGUACUGCCCGCAGACCAAGCUCACCAUGACCGACUUCGGAGAAAUUCUAAAAACAGUUGGUGAUUUUGGGAGAUUUCAAAAAUGUUUGGUGCUGCUAAUUUCUCUGGCAGCUCCUAGCAUUGGGUUCCACAUGUUCAGCCAAUUGUUCAUGGUUAUGCAUGUGCCUCAUCACUGUGAUACAAGCUGGAUCCAUGAAAUUAGUCCAAACCUGACUAAAGAACAGCAGCUGAACCUAACCAUUCCUAGGAAGGCAUCUGGAUCUUACAAGGAAUGCCACAUGUACACUCCUGUGGAUCAGGGAAUGGACUCCAUCCUAGAAUAUGGGCUUAACUCCACUGAGACGUGCCAGAAGGGCUGGGUCUAUCCUUCAGAGCAAGAACAAACGUUGGUAACUCAGUUUGACCUGGUAUGUGACCGAAAAAAGCUAAAUGACAUCUCCCAAUCCAUUUACAUGCUGGGACUUCUCCUUGGAGCUGUGAUCUCCGGUUCGUUAAGUGACAGGAUAGGUCGGCGUCCGGUUACAUUGCUUUCCAUGCUUAUGAUGGGGGCAUUUGGUGUUGGAGCAGCCUUUGCACCGAAUUUCUAUGUCUACAUGGCUUUGAGAUGUCUUGUGGGUUUUGCUGUGUCUGGUUGCACUAUAAGCACAGUGACCUUAGGCACGGAAUGGGUUGGAGUCUCCUACCGGACACAUACAGUAGCUAUCUCUCAUUGCUGCUUUUCCAUUGGACAGAUGGCUUUGGCUGGCUUAGCUUAUGGGGUUCGCAACUGGAAGCUGUUGCAGAUUGCUGGAUCUGCCCCAAUAUUUGGUCUUUUCUUUUACAUAUGGGUCCUUCCAGAAUCUGCUCGCUGGCUUGUGAUGAAAGGGAAGAUAGAGGAAGCCAAAAAACUGCUUCAAAAGGCAGCGUCUGUAAAUAAGCAAAGCAUCCCACCAGAACUGCUGGAUCAGAUGACACCUGAAAAAAAGGGCAAAUCUGGAAAUAUCCUGGAUCUCUUCAGGAAGCCGCACCUGAGGAAAUCUACUUUAAUUAUGUGUUAUGCCUGGUUUGUGAACAGCCUGGUGUUCUAUGGCCUGAGCCUUAACGUGGGGAGUUUUGGCUUGGACAUUUACCUGGCGCAGCUUGUGUUCGGGGCUGUUGAAAUACCAGCUCGCUUCGGCUGUAUCUUCCUGCUGCAGUGGUUUGGGAGGAAGAAAUGCCAGAGCUUCUUUCUGCUGCUGGGCGGAGCCAUGUGUCUCAUCAUGACCGGCAUCCCCAAAGAUUUGCCGGUGGUGGUCACGACGCUGGCUGUGAUAGGGAAGUUUGCCAUCACGGCCUCUCUUUAUACCUCCUAUGUGUAUUGUGCAGAGCUGUUCCCCACUCUUCUCAGGCAGACCGGUUUGGGUUUAUGUUCAAUGUCAUCCAGAGUGGGUGGCAUCAUCUCCCCUCUGAUUAGUCUCUUGGACAAGUACCGUCCCGCUAUUUCCAUGGUGAUAUUGGGAAGCACUCCAGUGAUUGCAGGAAUCCUCUGCUUCCUGCUUCCAGAGACAUGUGGCAAAGAGCUUCAGGAUCACACAGAGGCAGCUGUGGCUAGCCAGCGGUCCUGUGAAAAUGUCAACGGUAGCUAUGAAGUUGGACACUUGAAACUAAAAGAAGACAACCAAGAUUUUGGACACACCAGGAGCACACGCUUCUAGUUAAGCCAGCCAUAAGAUGCUGAGGAACAAGGACUGCAAGCCAUCGGUGGAUUCAGCUUGGGUUCUUCAUUUACACUAACUCCCCAAGUAGACCAGCCCCCUGCCAACUCUUCUUCUCCUCGGUCUGAUUUGCCUUCUCUAAGCUCCCUCUUAGUGCUUCCCAGUAAGUACUGCAGUUAGUCACUCCUGCUCUGUUCAGUGAGUGUUGGAUAGAACAGCCUGGCUGGGAGAAAACUGGAGCUAUAAAUUUAAGAUAAAAAUCUGAAAUUAGGACAGAAUGAACAUUUUUUUUCUCUCCUCACUUCCCGCCAUGUGCACCAUGUUUGGAAACUUUCCCAAGUGUGAGUUCUAUUAGAUGGUGGAAUAGCCUUGCAAAGAAAAUGAAUCGUGCAAUAUAUAAAGGCAGACUGGAUACAGCCCGAGAAAACAAUCCCAUGGAUAGAUUACACUAGAUGGCUAAUAAGCCUUUUCAUCUCAAAUUCUCUCCCUUAUCUACCCUCACUUCAAACCAGUGUACCUUUUACCUAGCGUUACCCAAGAAAGAAAAGUCUAGUUGGGUUUUUGCUGCAGAUACAGCAAGCAAUGGGCUGGCAUCCCUAAGAGGGAGUAGCUGUGCUUAGUGAAUAAAAUUAAAACCUGUGGAGAAUCCUUUGUGUUCUGGAGGCUCUGUUUCCCUUUGUGGUGGAAGG